CGUUCUGUCCCUCCUCCGGAAGCGGCGGCGAGGGCGGGCCUUCCGGGAGCGGCAUGGCGGCCAGCGCGAGGAGUGGCGGCGGCGAUGCGGGGGGAGAGGCGUCGGGGCUGCGCCGGGCGGGCAACGAGCACUUCCAGGCGGGCCGCUACGAGGAGGCGCUGGAGGCCUACGCGCGCGCCCUCAGCCUCGGGCCCCCGGCCGCCGACCGCGCCGCCCUGCACCGCAACCGCGCCGCCUGCCACCUCAAGCGCGUCAGUCGGCGGGGAGGGGGCGGGAGGGCGGGCGGGCGAGGGGAGGGGGCUGUUGCCAUGGCGACCCUGCUGACCGGCGUCUCCCACCCCCCCCCCCUCUGUCCGGCAGGGCGACUUCGCGCGGGCCGAGCAGGACGCCUCCCGAGCCGUCGACGCCGACCCCGGGGACGUGAAGGGGCUCUUCCGCCGCAGCCAAGCCCUGCAGCAGCUGGGCCGCCUGGACCAGGCCCUCUCCGACCUGCGGCGCUGCGUCAGCCUGGAGCCCAAGAACCGGGCCCUGCAGGAGGCCCUGCGCGACCUGGGCAGCCGCCUGCACGAGAAGAUGAGCGCCACGGCCUCCACCGACUCGAAAGUGCAGCAGAUGUUCCAGGUCUUGCUGGACCCCGAGGAGAAGGACCAAGACAAGAAGCAGAAGCCCAGAACCUGAUCGUGUUGGCUCGAGAGGAGCCCGGUGCUGAGAAGAUUUUCCAGAACGAAGGGGUGGAUCUGCUGCUGCAGCUGCUGGACACGGAGCAGCUUGACAUGAUCCUGGCAUCUCUGCGCACCCUCACUGGCCUCUGCCGCGGCCAUCGCUCUCGGACCGUGGCAGUCCUGACCACACUGGGAGCUCGGCGCGUCUUCGCCAUGUUGGAGUGGGAGGAUGAGCAGAUCUCACUGGCCGCCUAUAGCCUGUUACAGGUCAUGUUCGAUUCCCUUAAGGAGGGCUUGCAAAGGGAGGAGCGCGGCAAGGAGGAAGCCGUGGUGUCUGAGACAUCCAGAGAGCUGAAAUUGCUCCUCCAGCAGCUGCUGGAAGCCCUGACCCGGAAGGGCGUUUCCUGCUACGGCCGUGACAGCAUUCUGAGCUUGCUGGUCAGCGUGGUGCCUCGGAAGUCGCAACAGGAGCCCAGCAACAGCCUGACCCUCUGGGUCAUCGACCAGGGCCUGAAGGAGAUCCUGGCCGUGGGAGGCACCGUGGCCCAUGUGCCUGGCAGCCUCCGCGUGACGGAGAACACCCACAUGAGCGCCGCUGUCCUGCUCAACAAGCUCUACGGGGACCUGAAGUGUGACGUGGAGCGGGAGAAUUUCCACCUGCUCUGUGAGAACUGCAUCAGGGGCUGGUUCCAGGGCGAGGGGCUGGCUGGGAAGCUGCAGGCCAUCCGGGCCGUGUCGUGCCUUUUGCAGGGCCCCUCGGAGGCCGGGAAUCGGGUGCUGGAGCUGAGCGGCAUCAUGGAGAGCAUCCUGUCCUUGUGCGCCUCCUCGCAGGAGGCUGACCAGCUUGUGGCCGUGGAAGCCCUGAUCCACGCGGCGGACAAGGCCAAGCACGCCUCCUUCAUCACUGCCAACGGCGUCACGCUGCUGAAGGAGAUCUACAAGCACAGCGAGCGGGACAGCAUUCGCAUUCGUGCUCUGGUGGGCCUCUGUAAACUGGGGUCAGCGGGAGGUACGGAUUUCAGCAUGAAGCAGUUUGCAGAGGGCUCGACCCUGAAGUUGGCCAAACAGUGUCGCAAGUGGCUCUGCAAUGAGGCCAUGGGGGGUGGCACCCGGCACUGGGCUGCGGAGGGCCUGGCGUACCUGACCUUGGAUGCAGACGUGAAGGAGGAGCUCGUGGAGGACCGGGUGGCGCUGCAGGCACUCUUCCAGCUGGCGAGGUCAGAGAACCAGACCGUCAUGUUUGCCGUGGCCUCUGCCAUGGUGAACUGCACCUGCAGCUACGACCAGGAAGAGCUGGACCCCCAGAUGGUGGAGUUGGCCAAGUAUGCCAAGCAGCACGUCCCUGAGAAGCACCCCAAGGACAAACCGGAGUUCGUGCACCGGCGUGUGCAGAAGCUGCUGGCCGCCGGGGUGGUGUCGGCACUCAGCUGCAUGGUGAAGAACGAGAGCCCCGCCCUGAGCGCCUCCUGCCGGGAGCUGAUUUCCAGGGUGUUCCUUGCUCUCGUGGAUGAUCCGGAGGACAGAGGGGUUGUGGUAGCCCACGGAGGGGGCAAGGCUCUCAUUCCUUUGGCCCUGGACGGCACGGAAGUUGGGCAGACCAGAGCCGCCCAAGCGCUCGCCAAGAUCACCAUCACAACCGCCCCAGAGAUGGCCUUCCCAGGCGAGCGCCUCUAUGAAGUGGUUCGGCCUCUGGUGGGCCUCCUGCACUUGAAGUGCGCUGGGCUGCAGAACUUUGAGGGGCUGAUGGCUCUCACCAACCUGGCAGGGACCAGUGAGCGGCUCAGGCAGAAGAUUGUGAAGGAGAAGGCCGUGCCGAUGAUUGAGGGCUACAUGUUUGAGGAGCACGCCAUGAUCCGCCUGGCGGCCACCGAGUGCAUGUGUAACUUGACCCUCAGCCCAGAGGUAGCAAAGUUGUUCCUGGCUGAAGGGAGCGACCGGCUGAAGCUCAUGGUGCUGUACAGCGGGGAGGAAGAUGAGCGGCUCCGGAGGGCAGCGGCGGGGACUCUGGCUGUGCUCACUUCUGUGUUGCCCCAGACCUGCACCCUCAUCCCCCAAGUGACAGUCCAUUGGCUGGAGAUCCUGCAGGCGCUGCUGCUGAGCCCCAGCACCGAGCUCCAGCACCGUGGCGUGGUCGUGGUCAGGAACAUGGUAGCCGCCAAGAAGGAGGUGGCGGAGAAGCUGAUGGAGAGUGAGAUGAUGGAGAUCCUGUCGGUCCUGGCUGGGCUGGAGGAAGGCCAGCCCCAAGUGGCCCAGCCGGCCAAGGAGUGCCUGGCCCAAGCAGUCGCCUACGGCUUGAUUCAACCCAGCGCUGCUGGUGGGGAGUGAGAGGCGGCUCCCCUUCUGCCCGUCCGUCCGUGCACACGCUGCUUCUGCCUCAGCCGGUGUGGGAAAGGGGGCGAGGGGCUCGUUCCUUGUGGCCACUCCCCGCAGGGCUCUCUGCGCGGGGGUGGGGGGUGGAGCCCUCCUCAAAGGAGCGGCUGCAAUGGUGAACUCUCCAUGCCCUCGGCCGUGCUGCCGCUUGGAGACGCCUGAAGCUUCAGGGUUGGGGGUCCUCCAGCUGCUUGCUGCCCCUGCCUUCACUCUCUCUCAUUCCUGCUCUCACCCGGGGGUGGAGCUCUCCUUUUGAACCGGGCCCCUGUGUGGCAAAUGUCGGUCCACUCUUGGUAGCAAGUACUGGUUGGAAUGACCACCUGACUGGGCACAUGUGUUGUGCGAAUCUGCACCUGUCUUUUCUAUAACGCCUGUUCAGCCAACAGAUUUUCAGCAUUAUUGUGGUUGACUCUGUAAACGCUAAGAUUUAAAAAUACAGGAGGGAACUGAAA